AUGGCACCGAAGAAGAGUGACGACAAAGUGGAGGAGCUGAUUCAACGGUUCGUUGCGGUUGAAGGAAAGUUGUCGACGAUGGAUGAACGGAUGAACGAGAUGAUGAGAAUGAUGGCCAGUGGGUUUGAGCGACUCGAAAUGAAGAAGGGCGAAGGAUCGGGAAAGGCGAUCAUGGAGGAACCAGUGAGCGCUUCCGGUAAAAGAGGAACGGUGGGAACGGGUCUCGAAACCGGCUCCGUCAUGACCCGACGACCAUGGAGAGCUCUGGAUCACCGAGACGAGACGCUCGCGCGAAGGAUCGAGAUACCUUUGUUCACCGGCGAAGAAACGGAAAACUUGGUGCUUCGCGUGGAGCAAUACUUUGAGUUGGAGGACUUCACGGAGGAAGAGAAGCUGAGGGCGGUGAGGAUGUGUUUUACCGGCGAUGCUCUGCCGUGGUAUCGUUGGGAGAGAAAUCGGAACCCAUUCCUCAGCUGGGAGCAGAUGAAAGUAAGGGUACUGGAGCAGUUCACGACGUCCAGCGAUAACAGCACCGGAGAACGCGUGCUCCGUCUCCGACAAAAGGACACGGUGAGAAAUUUCCGACGCGAUUUCAUCGCCCUAGCGUCCAACGCGCCAGAGAUACCCGACCCGAUACUGGAGUUGGCAUUUGUAACAGGGUUGCGGCCCCAAAUCAAGGCCGGCGUCAAGCUGAUGGGGGCGAAGGGGUUACAAAAGGUUAUGGAUGUGGCGAUAUUGGUGGAGGAUUGGUCGAAAGAUGGAGAACCGGAGGAGGAGACGACGGAGCCAGUGCCAAAGGCAGAGUUGGUUGUAUUGAUGGUGCUCGAAGAUGGAACGGAGUUGGAUGUAUCGAAUUGCUCCAUGGAGUUAGAAGAGACGGAGGAUUCGAAGGAGGUUGAAGUUGCAGAGAUCUCUAUCAGGAAAGAAGUGGUGGUUCUAAUAGACAGCAGCGCGAAGCAUAACUUUGUGUCUAGCGCACUCGUGGAGCAGCUGAAGCUAGAACCCGACCAGACUCGAGGUUACAGCGUGUUAACCGCCGGUGGAGUGACGUUCAAAGGAGCAGGAAUGUGCAGUAACUUGGAGCUCGAGCUACAAGGGUGCACGAUCACAUCCAGCUUUCUGCCAUUGGAGUUGGGCAGUGCUGAUGUCAUCCUGGGGAUUCAGUGGCUCGAGAAAUUGGGGAACGUGAAGGUGAACUGGAAGUUGCAGGUUCUCCGGUUCAAGAUAGGCGCACACAAGUACGUGUUACAAGGAGACCCUAGCCUUUGUUGUUCACCAGUCUCUCUGAAAUCGAUGAUGAAAACUUUGCAGAACGAUGGGGAAGUUAUGAGGGUGGAGUAUAAUGGGAUGGUGUUGAAGGAAGAUGCCACAGCUCCGACCGCUGCAGUACCUCAGUGUUUACAGAACAUCUUGGAGGAGUACAAGGAGGUAUUUGCUGAGCCGUCGGGGCUUCCUAUCUCGAGAGGAAAGGAGCAUGCGAUCACACUGAAGCAAGAUGCAAGCCCAGUGAGCAUAAGACCGUUUCCCUCAAGCACAGCGAGAAGAGAUUGA